CAUAGAACCAGAGAGAGAGAGAGAGAGAGAGAGAGAGAGAGAGAGAGAGAGAGAGAAGGCAUAGGUCCACUCCACCACUCCGCAGACGCACACAGAGGAAGAGGGAGGGAAGGAGAGGGAGAGCUGAAGAAGGCAUGGAGGAGCAAAAGCACACAGACAAGCUCUGAAAGAAAUCAGGUAAAACCAGCCAGUUUCUGGUCAGAUUACCGAUCAAUUAUGCAAGUAGGCAUUGGAUGCCUAUACUCCACUUGGAUUUGAACUGUACAGUAACGAAACCUUGCAAAUAUUCCAUCCUCACCUUCUUGUCCACCUCUUGCAAAAGGCAAAGGCAAAGCUCAGCAUGUUGAAAUCAAAGGUGAUCUGCUGCAAGCUCUACAUUUCUGAAAGCCAGAAUGCCAAGGUUGUUGAUGCAAUCACUCGCAUUGGCCAGAAAGACCCUGAGGUUGUUUUGCUCAGCAAGUUCGAAGAUGACCACUACAACCGUGUCCGUUACACGCUUGCGUCUUAUAUCAUCAACGAGAACUCAACUGGUGAAGUGAAAUUUAGCCCAAUGAGGCGAGUAUUGUUGGAGAUGAUUGAGAAAGCGUUUUCAACCAUAAACCUUGAAACGCACACUGGAACUCACCCAAGGAUUGGAGUCAUUGAUGACAUGUCCUUCCACCCCUUGAAUCAAGCCACAAUGGAAGAUGCUGCUCAACUGGCUAAGACUGUGGCCUCUGACAUUGGCAACUUCUUACAAGUCCCAGUAUUCUUGUAUGGAGCAGCACACCCCACUGGCAAACCUGUGACUGCAGUACGGCGUGAACUGGGCUACUUCCAGCCAAAUUACAUGGGCAUCCAAUGGAUGGGUCAGGUACUCCCUGAUAUUCUGCCGGUGAAGCCAGAUGAGGGCCCAGAUCAUGUUUCUCGUGAAAGAGGUGCCAUAAUGAUCGGUGCUGCACCUUUACCCCUGAACUAUAAUGUGCCGGUACUAUCGAAGGAUAUCCCAACCAUAAGAAGGAUCACCCGAAGGGUGACUGGUCGUGGUGGAGGACUCCCGACAGUGCAAGCGCUUGCCCUUUCCCAUGGUGAUGACUGCACAGAGAUUGCAUGCUUCCUGGAUCCAGAUCAUGUCAGUGCCGAUCAGGUUCAGCAGCAGGUGGAACAGAUAGCAGCAGAGCAAGGACUUGAGGUUGAAAAGGGGUACUUCACUGACUUCUCAAAGGAUGCAAUGCUUGAAAAAUACUUCAAGAUUGUGUUGUCUGUUGAUUAACAUGUGCAUAGUCUUCUAUGGCCAAAUGUCACGCAUGCGUUAUUGUUUUUGCACAGAUGAUUCAUACCUGUGUAAUGAUGCAUGAAAAACAAUAACCAAUUUUAUCUAACAUUGUGUAUAUAGCAAACUUUCCUUUUUUUUUCCCGCUUCCAGAUUUGCCCGCAACAUCUGUGCAGAAGAUAGUUUCCAGGAACUUAAUCACCAGAUGAUACAUCUGAUAAUUGUGUGAGCCUGUAAAUUAUCUUCCACGUCAACUUAAAAAUGUCUUAAAUAUUGUUUA